CUGCCUUUCUGCGUUAGGAACAUGUAGACAACCGCAUUCAGGUCAUGUUUCUGCUUAAAACCCUUGUUGACCUCUGCUUGGGCCCCGGGCCCCCACUCGCAGGGUGGAUUCCUGCCCGUCGUGACCCCCGAGCGUCUCCCUUGUCGGCUCCUGCAGGGGAGCGCCCGCCGCCCAGCUCCUGAAGUAGCCGCUUCUCCUCCCAGGUCCUGGGAUUCUGCAGACCCUCCCUGUUCUGAGACUCCGUCUCCCGCCACCUUGUGUCCUCCUCACGCCGGGUCCUUCUGCUCCCCAGGCUUCCCUUUCACAGCCACUGCUUUCCCUGACCCCGCGUUGGGGGAGGUGACCUGAGUCUGUCUUGUGACAUCCAGUGUUCGUUCUUCCCAAAUUUUACUCCAUUGGAAAGUGUGCUCUUCUGCGACGUGAGCAUCUUAUUCCUUCCCUUUCCUCCUGAAUGUGUGGGUGAGGGGGAUCGGGGAAGGAAAAGAGGGGGAGCGACGGGGCAAAAGGAAAAACCGAGGAGAAAAGAAUGAGGGAGACGCAUAAAUAUACGGCAUAAUGGAUGAUAAUUUAGGGAUUUGCAAAUAGACAGCAAGAGUGAAAGAGAACAGAUGGAGAAAGUAGCAGGGGGAGAAAGCAAAUAGGGAAAUUUAGAAAAAAGGGGGAACCUUCAGGGAGAUGAAGGGCAGCAAAAUAGAGAGGGGUGGCCAAGGAGGAGGCACUGCAGACAGACGGAGGAGAAGAUAAAAGAGUUGGAGCCGCGGCUGACAGAGCGAUGUAUGUGGUGCUGGGACUGAAAGAGAGGACAGUGGGUGACAAGCAGAGUAGAGAGAGAACCACAGCAGGAAGGAAGCUUAGGAAGUUGGGGGUGCUAGAGAGUGGGAACAAAGGAGAUGUAAAGAGGGAAAAGGGAAUUUAACCGGAGAGCAGAGACAGAGCUCAGUUGGAGGAAAAGAGGCAGAAAUAUGUGGAGAUUGGGGACAAUUGGAAACAUUGGGGAGAAAGAGCAACAGAGGUGACAUAAGUUGGGAAGCAUUGGGCAGAACAGACGUAAAAGAGGGAAUAAAAAAGGGGUGAAAAACAGAAAAGGGGGGGAAAAAAAACCACUUGCAGAAUGAGAGAGAGAAACACAUAGUAGUGAAGAAAGCGGGAGAGGACACAGGCCAGAUGAGCGAUUUGACUUUUAAAGAAUUAACUAUAUUGACUGAGAGAGAAGCCCAGAAGAGGAAGAAAAAAGAAAAGGAGUCAGGGAUGGCUCUUACUCAGGGAUCUUUGACAUUCAAGGAUGUGGCCAUAGAGUUCUCUCAGGAGGAGUGGAAAUGCCUGGACCCUGUUCAGAAAGCUUUGUACAGGGACGUGAUGUUGGAGAACUACAGGAACCUGGGAUUCCUGGCAGGACUCUGUCUUCCUGACCUGGAUAUUAUCUCCAUGUUGGAGCAGGGAAAAGAGCCCUGGACUGUCGUGAGCCAAGUGAAAAUAACAAGGAACCCUAAUUGCGGGGAAUGCAUGAAAGGUGUGAUCACAGGUAUCUCUCCUAAAUGUGUGAUCAAGGAAUUACCACCAAUACACAACAGUAACACAAGAGAAACAUUCCAAAUGGUCAUGUUGGAAGGACAUGAAAGCGGUGACAUUGAAAAUUUUUACUUCAGGGAAAUCCAGAAAAAUCUACAGGACCUUGACUUUCAACGGAAAGAUGGUGAAGUAAAUUAUAAAGAAGUGCCAAUGACCAGUAAAAACAACCUUACUGGUAAAAGACUUCAGCAUAGUCAAGGGGAUGUAGAAAACAAGCGUAUGGAAAAUCAGCUUCUAUUAAGCUUUCAGUCACAUCUGGCUGAAGUGCAGAACUUUCAGACUGCAGGGAACAUGUAUGACUCUGAUCAAAUGGAGAGGACAGUUAAUAAUGGUUUCUUAGUGUCACCACUUCAAAGGAUUUUUCCUAGUGUCCAAACCAACAUUUCUAGAAAAUAUGGGAAUGAUUUUUUGCAACUUUCAUUACCUGCACAAGACGAGAAAACACAUAUUAGGGGAAAACCUUGCAUAGGUAAUGAGUGUGGCAAAGCCUUUAGAGUGUCUUCAAGUCUUAUUAAUCAUCAGAUUACUACAGAGAAAUCUUCCAGAUGCAGUGAGUCUGGCAAAGGCUUUAAUCGGGGCUCACUACUAACUGUACAUCAGGUAGUCCAUUCAGAAGGGAAACCGUAUCAAUGUGAUGUGUGUGGCAAGAUCUUCAGACAAAAUUCAGAUCUUGUAAAUCACCGGAGAAGUCACACCGGAGACAAACCCUACAUAUGUAAUCAAUGUGGCAAGUCCUUUAGUAAAAGUUCCCACCUUGCAGUUCAUCAGAGAAUUCAUACAGGAGAGAAACCUUAUAAAUGUAAUCAAUGUGGGAAGUGCUUUAGUCAAAGUUCCUCUCUUGCAACUCAUCAGACAGUUCAUAGUGGAGACAAACCCUACAAAUGUAAUGAGUGUGGCAAAACCUUUAAACGGAACUCAAGCCUCACUACACAUCAUGUAAUCCAUGCAGAAAAGAAACCAUAUACAUGUGACGUAUGUGGCAAGGUCUUUUAUCAAAGUUCACAACUUGCGAGGCACCAGAUAAUUCAUACUGGAGAGACCCCUUACAAAUGCAAUGAAUGUGGCAAGGUCUUCUUUCAACGUUCGCGUCUUGCCGGGCAUCGGAGAGUUCAUACCGGAGAGAAACCUUACAAAUGCGAUGAGUGUGGCAAGGUCUUCAGUCAGCAUUCACAUCUUGCAGUGCAUCAAAGAAUUCAUACUGGAGAGAAACCUUACAAAUGUAAUGAAUGUGGCAAAGCCUUUAAUUGGGGCUCAUUACUCACUAUACAUCAGAGAAUCCAUACAGGAGAGAAACCUUACAAAUGUAAUGUGUGUGGCAAGGUCUUUAAUUAUGGUGGAUACCUUUCAGUUCAUAUGAGAUGUCAUACUGGAGAGAAACCUCUCCGUUGUAAUAAAUGUGGCAUGGUCUUCACUUACUAUUCAUGCCUAGCACGUCAUCAGAGAAUGCACACUGGAGAGAAACCUUACAAAUGUAAUGUGUGUGGCAAGGUCUUCAUUGACAGUGGAAACCUUUCAAUUCAUAGGCGAAGUCAUACUGGAGAGAAGCCCUUCCAGUGUAAUGAGUGUGGCAAGGUCUUCAGUUACUACUCAUGCCUAGCACGUCAUCGGAAAAUUCAUUCUGGAGAGAAACCUUACAAAUGUAAUGAUUGUGGCAAAGCCUAUACUCAGCGUUCAAGCCUCACUAAACAUCUGGUAAUUCAUACUGGAGAGAAACCUUACCAUUGUAAUGAGUUUGGUGAGGCUUUUAUCCAAAGCUCAAAACUUGCACGAUACCACAGAAAUCCUGCUGGGGAGAAACCACACAGAUGUGGUGAAUGUGGCAGAAGUUUCAGUCAUAAAACAAGUCUGGUAUACCAUCAGAGAAGACAUACCGGAGAGAUGCCGUACAAAUGUGUUGAAUGCGGGAAAGUCUUUAAUUCCACUACCACCCUGGCGAGGCAUCGGAGAAUUCACACUGGAGAGAAACCUUACAAAUGUAAUGAAUGUGGCAAAGUCUUCCGUUAUCGCUCAGGCCUAGCACGCCAUUGGAGUAUUCACACUGGAGAGAAACCUUACAAAUGCGAUGAGUGUGGCAAAGCCUUUAGAGUGCGCUCAAUUCUGCUUAAUCAUCAGAUGAUGCAUACUGGAGAGAAGCCUUAUAAAUGUAACGAAUGUGGUAAAGCUUUUAUCGAAAGGUCAAACUUGGUGUACCAUCAGAGGAAUCACACUGGAGAGAAGCCAUACAAAUGUAUUGAAUGUGGCAAGGCCUUUGGGCGGCGGUCUUGCCUCACUAAACACCAACGACUUCAUUCUGGUGACAAACCUUAUAAAUGUAAUGAGUGUAGCAAAUCUUACAUUAGUCGCUCAGGCCUCACUAAACAUCAGAUAAAACAUACUGGAGAGAACCUGACAACUGAACUGAAUGUGGAAAGACCUUUAGACAUUGCCCUAACUUCUGGGAUCACCAAAUAAUUUAUACUUACUGAUAAAGCUUGUAUAUUUGGCCCUUCCCUCUGAAAUCCCUACCCUUAAUCUCCAGUAUUGGAGGAGCCUGGUGGGAGGUGCCUGGCUCAUGGGGUGGGUUUCUCCAGAAGGGUUUGGUGCCAUCCCCUUAGAGCUGUCCUUGUGAUAGUGAGUUCUCAUGAGGUCUGGAUGUUGAAAAGUGGCCAGGCGCCAUGGCUCAUGCCUGUAAUCCCAGCACUUUAGGAGGCCAAGGUGGGUGGAUCACUUGAGGUCAGGAGUUCGAGAGAGAGCAGCCUGGCCAACAUUGUGAAAUCCUUAUCUCUGCCAAAAAUUACACAAAAUUAGCAGGACUUUGUGGCGGGCACUUGUAGUACCAGCUACUCGAGAGGCUGAGUCAGGAGAAUCACCUGAACCCUCAAGGCUGCAGGUUGCAGUGAGCCGAGAUUGCGCCAGUGCACUCCAGCCUGGGUGACAGAGUGAGACUUUGCUUUACACACACACACACAAGAAUGGCACCUUCCUUGUUUGUUCCGCUUCUGGCCAUGUGACAUGCCCACUCCCCCUUCACCUUCCACCAUCAUUUUAACCUUCCUGAGGCUUCCCCAGAGAGUAAGCAGAUGCCAGCACCAUGUUUCUGUAAAGCCUGCAAAAUUGUGAGCCAAUUAAACCUCUUUAUACAUUACCCAGCCUCAGGUAUUUCUUUCUAGCAAUGCAAUCAUGAGUUGACACAUUUACACGUGCAGUGAAUAUAGCUAAGUUUUAAGCAACUGUUCAUGAGGCAUAAGAAUAUAAAUCCUGGAGGGACAUCACAGAAGUGUAAUGUGUGUGGUAAGAAUAAGGUCAAAACUUGCGAAUCUCUGAGUAACUUGAAGUGCAGAUAUGCUUUACAAAUGAAACGAGUGGCAAAAGCUGUACCAGAGUUCAGUCACUACUUGACAUUAGAGUUUAUACUGGAAAGAAAUCCUUUAAAUGUAUGUGCUAGAGGCUUCCCCAGGCAUCUGAACUCACUAGACAUCAGAAUAUCCAUCUUUGACAGGAACCACAUGAAUGGAAUGUGUGUGCUGAGGCUUCUUACCUGAACAUCAAAACAAACAUCAGUAUUCAUACAGGACCACAGCCUUACAAAUGUAACAAAUGUGGUAAGCCUUUUUAAAAAACAUCAAAUGGCCACGUGUGGUGGCUUACACCUGAGCACUUUGGGAGGCCCAGGCGGGUGGAUCACCAGAGUUGAGGAGUUUGAGACCAGCCUGGCCAACAUGGCGAGACCCCAUCUCUACUAAAAAGACAAAAAUUAGCCAGACAUUCCAGCUACUUGGGAGGCUGAGGCAGGAGAAUUGCUUGAACCCAGGAGGUGGAGGUUGCAGUGAGCUCAGACUGUGCUGUUGUACUCCACCUGGGUGACAAGAUCAAGACUGCCUCAAAAAAAUGAAAAAUCAAAUGUUCAUGUUUUUGGAAUUUGAGAUAAUUUAUCUCAAAUAUAAAGAGAGAAAAGCCAAAUGAGUGUGCUUAACAUGGAAGGACAUUUAAUCAGUAGUGUGUCUUCAGGCUUUACCAAAUCACUCAUACUGGAGAGAAACCUUGGAAACGUAAUCAAUAUGAUGAAAUUUUAAGCCAUUUCUCAACAGAUUCCAUAUUAGGUAAAUCAUGCUCCAAAUUCUAAGUCUGCUUCUCCAUCCAGGAUGGACGUGGAGUGGUAAAUACUGUAACUACAAGACAGAAUGUGUUAAAACCCCCGGUUGUACGUCCAUCAAAGGAGCAGGAGCAUGUGUGGAAAUGGCCAAUUCAGUUUAUAUAACAAUUAUAUUUACUUUGACGUUUCUUUUUCUUUUUUUUUUUGAGACGGAGUUUCGCUCUUGUUAUCCAGGCUGGAGUGCAAUGGCACGAUCUCGGCUCACCGCAACCUCUGCCUCCUGGGUUCAAGCAAUUCACCUGCCUCAGCCUCCCGAGUAGCUGGGACUACAGGCGCGCACCACCAUGCUCAGCUAAUUUUUUGUAUUUUUAGUAGAGACGGGGUUUCACCAUGUUGACCAGGAUGGUCUCGAUCUCUUGACCUCGUGAUCCACCCGCCUCGGCCUCCCAAAGUGCUGGGAUUACAGGCGUGAGCUUUGGCGUUUGCCCGGCUACUUUGACGUUUCUUAAAAAGGCUGCUUGACUAUUUGUGACCUUCAUCCUAAAGUAUGAAGUCUGUUGCCUUUCCUGCACAUCUUUCAUUAUGGUCUCUGGGAAUAAAUCAGUAAGAUGAGGGGGCCUACUUCAUUAGGUGUGGCUUCAUAUCCGUGUUUUCUGGAAGAUCAAGGCCACUGUACUGUGUGAGUUAAGCUGCAUGGGGUAUGGUGGAGAACAAUGUAAAUUUACAAUGUAAGUCACUGAGCUUGUGUUCAGUCAGGGUGUCCUUUGACAAAUAGACUGUUACUUUGGGAUAUGGGAAACAGGUGCCUGAUAACUGACCGAGAAACAGUAGGAAGGACAUUGAUAGAUUCAGAUUCAGGAUUUUCAUGGAAGGUGAGUGAUAGGUUGCUAGAGACGAUUGUAUGAGAGAAACAAGCAGGAUCAUGGUGGUCGUCUCUUGAAUGAUAGCUGUUAUAUGUCAAGGAUUAAUCAGAAUGUAAUCUUUUUGGAAAUAGAAGAGAGCAGUUAUCAGGAGAGUUUAAUCAAAAGAACCAGAAUAGCAUGUUCAUAAGUGGGAUUCACAGUUAACUGUUUAUAUUUUACUGCUGUUAUAUUCAGAAUGUAUCAGAAGUCUCAUGUUUUAAUUAAUAAAAUACUAUCAUUUUUGUUCAUAA